AAUAUAUACUAGGUGAUUACGACAUAUGGAAAACAAAUAUUUCAGAUCAGUUCUCCACAUUGACUGAUGACGAGGUGUCCGUGUUAUUCUGUUUUCUGUGUUCUGACUCCGGUCCUCCUGACUUCACUGACACAGAGUGGAUGGAGAUGCUUAAUGGGAUACGACAGAAAGUGUACGAUAAAGAGAAUCCUGUAACACGUGACAAAGUACAACAGACUCUGGACAGACUGAAGUCACGUGAUUACCUUUGGGAAGAUCAGGACAUGAUAACGCAGGACACAAAGGAUGAGACAAUGUAUAGGAUAGCAUCAAUAAACCCUUACUUUAAUAUACCAUUCUAUUGCAGUAGUUAUGACACAGUAAUAGUGUACCUGAGAUCAUCCAUGUACAAGAGAAAACCUGGAGAGAAGUGUGUCAUUAGUAUUGACUGUGAUUACUUACUGAUACGCCGUCUACAGAUGAACAUACUGACUCACGUCACCAUGGGGAACAUGAGUUUUUAUAAUGAGAUACACCAGAUAGUGAAUGUUUCAAUAAAUAUCCUAAAGGACAAUGAAGAUAAAAAAGCAAAAUUAUUAACUGAUCUAAGAAGAGAAGGGGAGGCUGUACAUUACAGAGGAAGAUCACAGGACAGUGUAGAUCACGUGACGUGGCUCUGGAGAUACGGGAGACCUGACAUCGUGAGAUCCUGUAUAGGUCUACAUCCACACAAUGAUAUUUACAUCAUCGACAACAAAGCUUACAGAAUACCAAGUAAAUACCAUACCUAUCCACCAGAUGUCCGAUGUCUAUUGUAUUGCUUACUAUUAACUGAGAAAUAUCAGGUGAAUCUCAAUGAACAAUCAGAAAACAGUACAAAAGACAAAAUCAGAGACAGAUAUUUCCCUGAUAUUAAUGAUGACGGUUCGGUAGAUUUUCCUGAUGAAAUCACAGAAACACGUGGCGGUGUGAAAACCUUUAUAUCAGACGACAUCCGACAUGACGUCAUGUACGCCUUUGUUACGGAGUGUCUGGUGGAGGACACUGAUCUGGAGUUUUUUCUGAACACGGCGUCACGUGACAUGAUAUCAGAAUACUGCCGGUCCUGGUGGUAUGAGAGGAGUGAGGGAGAGAGAUGUCUGUAUGUACCGAAUGAGCCAGAGAAGAUGUACGACCUCUUCAUAGACAAACUACAGCUGGACAUCAUCACACAUUGUACCGUGUCUGACAGGGUGAUUCAUGACAGUAUCAGUAAACGUUUAAACAUACCAGAGGAAAUUUUGAAAUGGGAUUUGAGUGCCAGAGAAAGAUUUGCUGAGAGUCUCCGCCAAGAAAAGGUUAAGAUGUUCCGUGCAAGAGGAAUGAUUGUGGGAUGCGCAGGCGCAGGUAAAACAACUCUUCUUAGAAAGCUUCAAAGGAGAUACAGAGAAGAUAAUCAAUCUACAGAGACAACUGUCGGUCUAGAGGUCCACGAAGACUUGUUUGAAAUUAAAGAUGGUACUUUAUAUGGUAAUUCUUCUGUUACAUAUUAA